UCCGCAGAGCCAAAGUUGGCUGGGGCGGCGGAGCCGCUCGGCUGAGUCGGGAUCGGCGGGGCGCGAUCUGCGUACGGACCGAGCCCAACCGAGCCGGGCUGGGCCGAACCGAUCCGAGCCAACUAAACCGAGCCGAGCCGCCCUGCCGAACCGAACUGAGUCCAGCCGAAGGACCCCUGCCGAACCGAAGAGAGCCGCACCGAACAGAGCCGAAUCCAUCCCUAUAGCACCGAACCGAACCGAAGCCGUUCCUCCGGCACGCAGCUGAUCUCUAAGGCGCGGAACCAGACCCAUCCCUACCGCACCGAGGCCGUUCUUUCCGCACCCAGCCCAUCUCUACGGUACCGCACCGCGCCGUGCCCUACGGCACCGCACCGAACCCAUCCGUGCAGCAGCGCCCCUGCCCUGCGGUACCGCACCGCAUCCCGGGCACCGCACCGAACCCGUGCCCUGCGGUACCGCACCGCAUCCCGGGCACCGCACCGAACCCGUACCCUGCGGUACCGCACCGCAUCCCGGGCACCGCACCGAACCCGUACCCUGCGGUACCGCACCGCAUCCCAGGGCACCGCACCGCGCCCUAAGGCACUGCACCCUCCGGCUCCGCUCCGGUGCCCGCAGCACCGCGCCCGGCGGGACCAUGAUGUCGUGUGCCGAGCUGCUGGCCGUGUGCCUGCUCUCCGCAGAUCGCGGCCCCAAGCUCCACCGCCAGCCGCUGCCCAUCUUCCACGACAUUUUCCGGCGAGCCGACAAGAAUGAUGAUGGGAAGCUGUCAUUUGAGGAGUUCAAGAACUAUUUCUCUGAUGGCAUCCUGAGCUCGGAGGAGCUGUGGGAGUUGUUCAGUGGCAUUGACAGGCGUCACUCAGACAACGUGGACACGGAGAAGUUGUGUGAUUAUUUCUCAGCAUACCUGGGGGAAUACAGGAAUGUUCUCUCUGCCCUGGAAACGCUCAACGCUGCGGUGCUGGCAGCCAUGGACAAAACCAAGCUGAGGUACGAGACAGCCUCGAAGAUGGAGCAGUUCCUGACGCGGUUCCUGCUGCGGGAAACCAUGCACCAGCUGCAGUCCCUGCAGGUGUCCCUCGAGUGCGCCGUGGACACCGUGGAGGAGCAGGCGGGACGGGAGAGAAAGGAGAUCAAGAAGUCGGAGACUUCGGUUGGCCUGAGGUCAGGGAGGCGCUGUGGGCGCAGGGGACAGAAGAACGUCUGUCUGUCCCCAACAGACCCCUACUCUGGCAUGCUGACAACAGGUGUUUGUGUCGAGGACAACAGCCAGUGGAUGGCUCAGAUCAACAGGCUCCAGCAGCUCAUCGAGAAGCUGGAGUGCAAGAGCCCGCGCCUGGAGCCGCUGAAGGAGGAAGCCAUGUGCAAGGGACAGGAUGCACACAUCCUGGUGGCCAAGAGGCAGAUCUCGGUGGCCACGAGCAGCAUCGAGGAGUUCCGGCGGGCGUUCCGCUCCUACACCGAGGGCACGGCCGGGCACAGCAGCUGCCUGCAUGUCUCUGCCUGCAAGCUGACUGAUGAGGCCUGCUUCAUCCUGUAUGAGUUCUGGCAGGACGUGACCUCAUGGAGAAGCCACUUGCAGUCCAGCUGCAGCAAGACUUUCCAGCAGUCCAUCCUCAGCCUGCUGGAGUCCCCGGAGCUGCUGACCACCAUGCUGUUCCCAGCUUCCUGGUGGAUCAUGAACAACAACUGACCCGGGACAGCAUCUCCAGGACACCAUCAGCAUGCGGGAGGACGUGGGCACAGCCUUUGUCACCUUUGUCACCCCCCUGUCCCUCCAUUCCCUCCUGUGGCCAGCGGGGGCUGCCUGCCCUCGGCCCCGCCGGUGUUUUGCUCCUUUGCUCUUUUCAUGUUAAUUUAUUUAUUUCUCCUGCUCCUAAGCCACUGUCUGAGCUGCCUGGGGGGGCUGUGGGUGGGGUGGCAGCCCUGCCCCUGCGGGAGCACUGGGCUGGUGCUGCAUGCCAGGAGCCUUCAGUCCCUCUUGCACUCAGCUCCUCUUCCUCCUGGCUCUGAGGCUGCCUAGGGAUGGGCAGGGGACAUGGCCCUGGCCAGCUGUGACAUCCAGCCCAGGAGCCAGGUGGCCUGAUAUGGAUUGUCAAGAGUGUUUUAUAGGGAAAAAAUAUUUCAUGAAGUA